AUGGCGCGGCCUGAGCUGGAGCUGGAGCUUCUAGGCGAAACUGAGCUCCAGACAAAAACGCCUGCGGGACGGCGAUUCCCUGUCGGCUGUCCAACCCUCGACCUGGCGGCAACGUGGGAUCAAGACGAUAGAAACCUGCUUGUGUAUCGGCCGCCGGAUCAGAUCGUGUCCAAGAUCCAUCAAGUUGCAGCUCCAGGCGAGGCGGUGCCUGAAUUUCUCUGCUUGGGCUGGAGUGAUGGCGUUGUGCGGCUGAUGGGCCUGGAAAACAACAAGGCUGCUCACCAGAUUCCCGUGUGCGACAAGGCUGAGACCGCAAUAACGCAUAUUGGCUGGUCAACCGCCAUCAUCGUCAGCAAGACGGACAGUGCAGUCUCUAGUGAAGUCAGGGACCAAGUCACCAAGGGAUGGACUGGGCCAGGAGGCAAAACCCCGCUCGAUCUUCCACAGGAGCUCACCUUUCUAGAGGUUGAGACGGCGCUUCCCAGGAUCAGCCCCUUGCCGAUGAGCAGUGCUAGUGCAAGCGAGGAUAACACUGUCUUCACACUCCGCAGUGGCAUCGACUUUCUCUUUCGAACCCCCAAGCGGGACACUUAUGACCAAGUCAAUGUCAUGAUCGUAGGCACCAGCGACGGCAAGCUGCAGUUGAGCAUCUACGACUCCUUCAUCAUCGGCACAUUCCCACAACCAGCACUCGAUCUGUCGACCUCGGAAUCAUCUGGUACGACUCACAUGAUACACCACGCAUCUCAUUCACAGAUGUCGACGCAUUCUCUCAUCUACGCAGAAAAGCAGAAUGAGCCCCGGGAACUCCACCUCGUCCCCAUGGACUUGCCAUUCCUCUCCUUCUCCCCCAUCAACUUAUCCCUCCUAUCCUCCAAACUCACCACGUUGCAAGCACUGCUACGAUACCUAAAGCAGAUAUCCCUCCACAUGCAGGUUGAAUGGAAAAACGCAAGAGAGCUCCCGUCUCGCUUCCUCCUCAGCGUCCAGGGAGACUUGGAGAAGAUGAGCAGCGGCCCCAAGGAUAUCGUCUCGGCUCUAUUUCACACUGCCAUAACCGGCCAUGCCUACCCAGCCGUAAAGGAGUGGCUCGUCGACAGCCUAGCAGAACGAGGUCAUAAGCGCUGGGACAAAGCCGUCGUAUCUGGCCUCGAAGGCCUCCGCAGCCUCGUCCAUCAGCACCUCCUCCCAGCUCUCGAGCGCUGCUCCAUCAUCCUCAGUCGCCUCCGUGGCCUGGCCCGCUUCUACAACGACCGUGAAGACAUCGGAUUAUCCAUCCCCCAUCUCAACCGCGUCCUCGACAUCAUCAGCUGUCUCACCUUGGUCGGACACAAAGUCCUCAUCCACGCAAUGGACGAGCUCCAGCAUUUCUCUGCCUUUUCAGCGUGGCUCCGCUUCCAAAUCGACCAACUAGGAGGGCCCAGCACCGCAAACGACGAGCUAACCGACAAAGAAGCCAUGAUGGACCAUUCCAAAGUCCUGGCCUACAUUGAGCGCUACCUAACAAACAGCCCUCUCGACAUCUUCCUCAACGAGUUCACCGAGCAAGACUACACCUCUGAUUACAACUUCAUCGAGAAUGGCCCAAAGCUCCUCGACGUCUUGGACAAGCAGCUGCAGAAGCACGAAGCCGGCCAACCCGGCAUGAAAGCCUUCCCACACGUCGACUUCCUCGUAACGUAUGCAACAACGUGGUCCAACAAGAUCUUUAGCAGCAUCGCCGAAGCCAAGCGGCGCAGCGUUCGCUUCGGCAACCCGGUGAAGAUGUCCAUCGGGAAUCCCAUCACCAAGAUGGACAUGAAGAUGUGCAGCUCCGACAAGCGGUCGGGGACCGUCUUCACAGCACUGGCAUCGCAGCAAGAUCCAAACAAGGUGCACGUUUUCCGGGUCAACAUGACGAUUACAAACGGCAUCAGCGAUAAUUUACCCGCUGCAACCUGCGUCAUCGACGUCGCUCCCCGAUCGCUGGUGGAUUUAAAGUUCCUCGACGACAAGACACUUGUUCUUUUUUGCACCGAUCCCGAUAAUACUCCCGCCAUCCUUUCUGUUCCCAUCCAAGACGAGUCCAUACUCUCCUACAGCCCUUACAGAUCCGCAAACCCAGCUCAGGUGUCUUCUAUAACAUCCGCCGAGCACUUCCCCAAGUACAGUCUGCCCGCCAGCCAUCACAGCCUCAGACCCAUUAGAAUGGAAGUUUAUGAUAAAAGUCAAAUUAGAGGGGAUCUGCCUGCCAGGUUUGCUGCAGGCGUCUGUUAUGAGCUUUAA